CGGAAGUGAAGUAGGAGAUUGUGUAUCAACUGUCUCUAUUUACGGAAAUUUUCCAUUAAUGUUGCGUCACAAUCUUUAGUAGUGAUCUAUUGAACAACUGAGCCAGUAUUUGAACAAGCUAAAUGUUUCACAUUCAAACUCAAUUGAAGACUGUCAGAUCUUAUUGAGCAAGCCUUCAUGCAGUGCUUAAAUAGAUAAUCAACUAUUUUCCUCCUUCAGCGUCUGAAUGGCAGUUGAAAGUCUUCAAUUAUUGUUCGAGCCUGCGAUGCAAUUAUCGAAAGCUGCAGUGGGACAGAGAAACAAGGCAGUUAUUUAAACAAUAACAGAUAUUGUCAUCUAUGCUGUCACAAGGAAAUGAGGAUAGGAAACUAUUUAGGAGAGUCAUCUAACCUCAUAGCCUCGGGUGCCAUCAUAUUUAUGGUUUUCUACCACUAUGAGAAGUUAGCCCACCAUAGGCAGAAUGGGUUGCCUGACAGUAGAAUCCUCCAUCAGCACAAGGACAGAAUCCUGUCCCUCACAGAAGAAGAACACAACCUCUCCUACGGGAAUGCCAAGACAUCGAUGUCCCAUCAACCAAGACCAGGUCACCAUCUCUGUGUAGACAGGGCUACCUUCUCCAGAUGCUGCUUUUUUGACCACCGAGUACGAGACUAACAAGGCCUCAGAGGAAACAUUGGCAAGACUGCCUCCUACACCUCCCACUCUCUCAGAUGUUGACAACUCAGCAACAAUGUUAGCUUUCAAAAUUUUGGGAGCAUAAGCUGAUGCAUCCAAACCUAUUAAUAUUGAUGAAGAAACUGAACAAGAUCGUCUAAAGAUAUAAAUACUGCUGAAACCAAGGGGGUCAAAGUUACCCCGGAAACUGAGCAUGAAGGUAACAAAGUCUUUCCUCAUUGCUGCCCUUGUGGCUUUCAUUUUUUCUGAUAUGUCCAAAGCUAUUAAUAUUAAUGAAGAAACUGAACAGCCUGCCUGUGAUAAAUACAUUUUGCCAGCAUGUGCGAGGAAUUAUGCUCCUGUCUGUGGCACAGAUGGCAACACGUACUCAAAUGAGUGCUUGAUGUGUCUUGAGAUCAAGCAAAGAAAAGUCAACAUCCGUAUAACGAAACAUGCAGAAUGCAAAAUUUAGACAUUCUGACACCAGGUGACAGAGUGUAUUUUAUAAAAGCAAUGAAUGAAUAAUUGUGAACAAAAUAAACAGACUAUGAACUGAACUUAA